AUGUAUCCAUCCUCCGCGACGACGGCGCCAGCCGGUGGAGGAGGAGAAGCCGCGGCGGCGGCCCAAUGCGGAGGCUGCUCGGCGCCCCUGCCGCGGGCGGCGCUGGGCCGCGGCUGGAUCCUGAUGUUUGGGACCGCGGAGACGAGGGACCUCUGCGCCAGGUGCACGCUGGAAUACUACUACAGGACAGGCGGCCUCGGCGCGGGCAGGAGUAGCACCGGUCGACAUGCCACUUGCCCUUUCGCUUUCGCCGCGGCUGCUACUGGUACGCCACCGGCGGAGAACCAGAAUGCAGUGCCGAGGCCCAAGGCCAACAGGUGCGCCGCGUGCCCGAAGAAGGUGGGCCUGCUUGGGUUCGCGUGCCGGUGCGGCGGCACGUUCUGCUCGGCGCACCGCCACGCGGACUCGCACGGCUGCAGCUUCGACUACAGCCCCUACAGGGGGUUUGCCCGGGAGGCAGGAGCGAAUCGAUAA